AUGAACACAAGCAGCAGUGCAGUGAAGCGACGAAAAAGCAGACGUGCCGGCAGUGAGGACGAGAAUAUCCUUCCACAAAUAGUUGAAGUGCCCUCUAGCUUCGCUGAUGUUGUCACGAUCUUCGAGCAAGUCAAAGAGAUUUCUCCAACUCUGUACGACGUCUUUUUCGACUUCAUCCUCCCAGCCAUGUCUCGGUACGUGUUGGAUGGUCAAGAGACUCUCCCAGAGAACCGUCCCAUGCUGCUCCUCAAAGAUCCUCGAAUGGUCUCAGCUAACUUCAAAAGGUUCUUCUCCCGCUCGAACGGUCGUGUCCCCACCCAGGCCCACAAGCUAAUUUGCUUCCUGAAUUACUUUGCGCAAGCUUUGGGAUACGCUCCUCUGAGACAAGCAACCCCCGAGCCCUCGGAGGCCGGUGAUGAAACUAUAGAGCAUGAUAUAGAGAGGGAGGGGGUCAGUGAGUAUGAAGAUUCGUCGUACAGGGAGCUAGUCGAGCUGAACUCCAAAGAUACGUAUAUUCGUAUUGCCCGUCGCAUCAUCGACGAGAACAUCGUCCCCCAGUGUCCACCAUCGGAAGAAUGGCUGGAUGAGGAGUGGUGGACGGCGUGCAGUGUUGGCCUUGCGGAAGUGGACAUUCUCGAGACUACAGAUGUGAAGCAUCUUGUGAAUUCUCACUCUAGUGAUAUCUCUUUGACUGUCAACGAGGGCCAUGCUCAAUACCUACCCUAUAACAGUGCUGAUAGAAAUGAUAAUAAAUUGAGGGGGAAGACCCUUCUUGGCUUGACCACGAACAAGCCCUUCGGUGAUGCUUUAGGCUUGGGUACUGGUGUAGAGGAGGCUUAUGCGAUGGAGCACCCUGAGGUCUUGGUUGCUCUGGCCUUGUGUGAGCCCACAAGCACAGGCCUCCCACUAGCUAACAGAGAGAUCAUCAGUCUCGUGAGGCUCCCUCGUUCGGGUUCAUCUGGGGAUAAGAAAGAGAUCAACCCUACAGCAGAGUGCAUCCAUACACUUAACGAGUUCAGGUAUCCCAUCCCCGACUCGUCUCCUCUAGGGACCGUGGGAGUCUCAUCUGAGGCUCGUUUCCUCCUACUAUGGUUGGCGGUCUCGGUCAUAGGGAAGCCGUUGCUCUUCUGGGAUCGAACUGGAGAGUUGAAGCACAGCGGUAUGCGCAUUGAUAUCGAGGAGAUCAAAGAGUCGCUGAUUCAUGUGGUGAAGGCCUGCCAGCUGAAGAAGGUUCUGGUCAAACACGUCCUAGGGUGA